AGUAUAAAAGCAGACCUUACGGCCAAGAGAAAGUCAUCGAAAAGCUCAAGCAGCAUUCAGAGCAAAGCGAAACGGUUAGAGAAAAUUGGAAACUUGUUCAACUGACAAGAUGCGUGUCAUUCUCGUUAGCUUUUGCCUCAUUUUGGCCCUCGGCCUGGUCUCCGCCACAGGUCUCGGAUCAGGACAGAUCUGCUUCAAGCCUGUCCGCGGGCCGAAGGGUGACACUGGACCCGAAGGCUCCAUGGGGCCUGCAGGUGUUGAUGGCGACAUGGGACCCACGGGCCCGGCAGGUCCGAUGGGCCCUGCUGGUGAGGAUGGUCAAGAUGGGGAGGAUGGUGAACCAGGUAUGCCCGGUGCACCAGGCGCUAUCACCUUCAUCCCGGUCAAGAUCAUUUUCUCCAACCCAUCCCUGCAAGGACCCAACCCGUACAGAAUCAGCCUGCUCAACUGCAUCUUCGCCUACAGCAAGUUCGCGAGCUGUGCUGGUGGCAACAGCUCUGUCAGCGUCGGCGGUGUGGCCAACUUCGUCCCCAGCGGUGCAACCCUGAUAAACCACGGACACACUCUGCGCAUUCCCUUCAAGACCAGCUACAUGGGUGCUCCAGUAUGUACUGUGCAGCUUGGUCACGUGUUCUCGCACAUCAAGCUGAACUCACAGGCCACCUACCUGGACCUCACUCUGCCCUACAUCUGGCACAAGGUACGCACUGGUAUUCAGAUCGCCUGCCACGGAGCCAUGACCAAUUACCGGGGCUAAACUACUCUGCGUUACAACAGCAGCAGCGGCGGUGGUGGAGGUAAAUUUGCACGUAGCUUCCUACACACGCUGAGGUAUAAUGUUACUAAUGCAGUAGCUGGGAGAUCGCAUGUUCUCUUGGACUGGUUUUCUUGCGACCUCAAUGUGUGCUCGCUGUUCAGAUGAGGGCUUGCAUCAUUUAUCAUACCAGCUGAAUCGCAUCUUAAAUUUAAGGAUGUACAAUUUAUAUAUAUAUCGGUAUAUUAAAGCGAAAACAUCUUUUAUAUCUUCAGAUUAUAGGCACCUUUUCCAAAAUUAUACUCCAUGCCAGCCCAUACCAAGGAAACCCAUCAUACAUGUACAUGUAAAUGUGAACACGCGUACCUUUGAAAUCUCA